UCUGGGGCUGCAGACAUGGAGAGGUCCAGCGGCAAACGUUUUUGUUGUAGACGGGUGUGCCACAGGGUUCCUGUGGCACACAGAGAGGAACUGUACCACAUCCUGAAGAUGACAGGUCCUCUGCUGCUCUCUCGAAUCCUCAAUUACAUGCUUCCGUUUGUGGUUACAAUGUUCUGUGGCCGUCUGGGAAAUGACGUGAUGGCUGGCUAUGGAUUAGCUUCUGCUACAAUUAAUAUUACCACUGCAGCAACAGGAUUUGGUCUGGGACUGGCAUGUGAUACUUUGGUGUCUCAGACUUUUGGUGCUAAAAAUCUACUCCGGGUGGGCGUGAUCCUUCAGCGGGGCAUAAUCAUCCUCUUGUUGUUCUGUCUGCCUUGCUGGGGUCUCCUCAUUAAUGCUCAGGCCAUCCUAUUAUGUGUGGGCCAGAACCCUGAGGUGGCCAGAAUAGCCCAGCUGUAUAUCACUGCCUUCCUGCCUGCUGUGCCAGCAAUGUUUCUACAUCAUCUUCAGGUGUCUUACCUGCAGAACCAGGGAAUCAUACUGCCACAAAUGUAUAGUGCUGCUCUGGCAAACAUUGCAAAUGUGGUGACAAACUAUAUUUUUAUUCACUGGCUGGAUCUGGGUGUUAGUGGCUCUGCAGCUGCAAAUACUCUGUCUCAGAUUUACAUCUGUACUUUUCUGUUUGCUUACAUUUUGUGGAAGAGGCUUCAUGUAACAACAUGGGGAGGCUGGUCUGUGGAAUCACUGCAGGACUGGGGCUCCUACAUGAAGCUGGCUAUUCCCAGUACAUUAAUGAAAUGCUUUGAGUGGUGGGUUUAUGAGUUUGGGGGAUUCUUUGCAGGAAUGCUGAGUGAAAAUGAGCUGGCAGCCCAGCACGCUGUCAUGAUGGUGACUGUCAUAACAUAUAUGUUCCCUCUUGGUAUUCAAGCUGCGGCAUGUGCCCGGGUGGGUAAUGCUCUUGGUGCAGGAGACACCGGCAGAGCACUCCUAACUAGCAAGAUGUCCCUUACUCUUGCAGGUAGCAUUGCAGUUGUAGAAGGCCUUGUCCUUGGCUCCGUCAAAACAGUGAUUGGCUUCAUCUUCACGUCAGAUGAGAAGAUCAUAGGUCUGGUCUCACAGCUGAUGAAUGCUUACUGUUUCCUUCAGUUCUUUGAUGGUCUCGUGGUGAGUUUUAGUUACACUUGGCAGCGCGUGUAUGCUCCUAAAAGCAUGACAAGUAAAUCUAAUAUAAAGUUUAUCUCUGUUUCAUCCAAGUGUGUGUGCACGGGCAUUUUCUUAGGCACAGGGAAACAGAAGAUUCCAGCUGUGGCUAAUUUCAUUGGAUACUACUGCAUAGGGCUUUCUCUAAGUAUCACGUUGACAUUCGUUGCAAAACUAAGAGUGUUGGGUUUCUGGCUUGGACUGCUUGUUUGUGUCAUUUUACAAUCUACCUUCUACAUUAUUGUCAUCUUUAAGCUGAACUGGGAACAAAUCACUGAGGAGGCUGUGAAACGGGCUCAGAAAAAUCCUUCGUUAUUAGGAAGAGCUCCCGUGACAGGCACUGUGGAAACCAGCACCCAAGAUCAAACAUCAAGUAAUCUGAUGGAUGGCUAUAUGUCUGUGAGCACUGAGUGCCAAGACAGGGGCACUGUGGUGCAGGAUCGAGAUGUGACACAGAAGCUGAAGGGCAGCCGCCUCUCCAUCACCCAACUGAUCCUCAGGCGAGGCCUCAUUAUGUUUGCUGCAGUUGCACUUCUUGCUGUGGGAGCAGGUGUUCACUUCCUUGUGCCUUUGCCCGAGACCAACUCUACUGUGGACUCGAUCAACACUACAUAUACUCCUGAUCAAAUUUUCUCCACCAUGUUGGUGCCAGAUGAAGAGUCAGAGUGAACAAUAGAUAACUGCAAUGAUU